AUGGCGACACCGGCGGGUCCGCCCCGUCGGGGGCGUCUCCGCGGCGGCUUGGGGCCACCUCCCCCAUCCCCGCCCCCUGGCUCCCCAGUCGCGGCUGCGGCUGGACGGGAGAGGAGUGGAGUGUGUCCGCGCUGCCAGCCCGCCCCGUCCCGUCCCGAGCCGACCGGGCAGCGCUCGGGGGGAGCCACCGCCCCAUGCGCUGAGGGGCGGCGGGAUGGGGCCGCGGGGCACCGGCGGCCGGGCCGGCCGCGCCAGGGCGCCGGCUCCCGGCUGGACGUGCCUGCUGCCGCUGCUGCUGUGCACCGCGCUCCGGAGCCUGCGGGCCAGCCCCGGCAGCGAGGUGAAUUUACUGGACUCACGUACAGUAAUGGGGGAUCUAGGAUGGAUAGCCUACCCAAAAAAUGGGGGUCUGGAACACUGCUCUGUUAAAUGAACGGGGCUGUUCACAAAUACAUCUCAGACUCAUGAGAAAGCUCUGGGAGCUGAUAACACUGGAACAGGAGUUGAGUUUCAAGCACCUUG